AUGAGUGGACUGGGAGCGGCAGUGGUUGAGGGGACUGGGAGCGGCAGUGGUACGUGCUGUAGUAGGUUGAGGGGAGUGGGAGCGGCAGUGGUUAAGGGGAGUGGGAGCGGCAGUGGUAGUGUUGCAGCUGAGGGGACUGGGAGCGGCAGUGGCAGUGUUGCAGUUGAGGGGACUGGGAAGGGAAGAUGA